AUGGAAAGUAACCACGUGACGACGCCGUUAUCCGAGGGUGAGAUGUGGGUGAACUUUGUGUUCGAACCAGAGGACCCAGAAGACGGAGCCAUCAUCCCCGUCCAUGUGCCGGUGCAGCGCAGCCUAUUGUCGACCGAGGAAUCCGCAAAAUCCAUAAUACCCCUUCUGCUUUCCCGCACGACCGUCCCGGAGUUCUUUCAGCGAAAUUGUCUUGAUGAAUUCAUCAGGGAGUUGUCGGAGCAUGUUUGUUCGUCGCCAAGUGACAUGCACCACGUGUACGUCUACGGCCAUGUCGUUUUCGAUUGCUCCGACCCAACUGAGAGAUUUUGUUGGUACUAUUUGGGGACAGAAUCCAAUGUACAGUCGGUGAAGCUUGAAGAAGCUUUGGAUUGUGCGAUUUGCUUACAGCAGCUUCCGGUUGGGUUUGAAGCUGCUAAGCUGCCAUGCUCGCACGUCUACCAUCAUGGCUGCAUUGUUAAGUGGUUUGAUAGGAGUAUCCAGUGUCCCCUGUGUCGUUCCCCGCUGUCUAAUUCAAUUAUGUAUCAUGUUUGA